CCAAUACAGUAAACACAAAGAAAAGAAGUUAAAGAAACAAUCUAGGAAAUGAAGAUGGGGUCAGCUAUGUUGAUGAAUGCUGUGAGCAGUGGAGUAGUGCUUGCAAUUGCGUUGGCGUGCUUGUCGAGCGGAGCUUCGUCGGCGCCGGGGGUUGACACGGCGCCGGCGAUGUUUGUGUUCGGCGACUCCUUGGUCGAUGUUGGGAAUAAUAAUUACUUACCGUUUUCACUGAUAAAGGCGGAUUUCGAGCACAAUGGGCUUGAUUUCGCAUCCGACGACCAGCCGACGGGGAGGUUCUGUAAUGGCAAGAACUCUGCCGACUGGCUCGCUGAGAGAUUUGGAUUGGCGAUGAGCCCACCGCCGUAUCUAGCUCUGGAUGCAAACGAUGCGUCUUCUUUCAUGGCCGGCGUCAGCUUUGCAUCCGGUGGCGCCCAUAUCAACGGCAGUGCUCAAGAUCCGGACCAGGCCAUUGGACUCGCUGAUCAAAUAAGCUACUACGAGUCGGUUUCACAAGUACUGGAAACCAAGAUGGGAUCCACGGACGCGAAAAAGCUCCUAUCUGAAUCUGUCUACACCUUCGUUAUCGGCAGCAACGACAUUUUCUUCUACUACAAAAACUUGGAAAAGCAAACCGCCACGCCUUCACAGUUUGUUCAUCAGAUGGCUCUCACCCUCAAUGAUCAACUCAAGAGACUGUACGAGGACGGGGCACGCAGGUUCGUGGUGGCUGGGGUGCCGUCCUUGGGGUGCACCCCAAAACUGAGGGUGCUGUCGAGCAACAGUGACUGCAGUGAAGCGCACAACGCCAUGGCCUCCAUGUACAACCAGCAGCUCAAGUCCGUGCUGUCGGACCUCAAAGCCGUCGGCCUCAACGCUACGUACGAAUACUUGGACACCUUCGCCGUGCUCCAGCGUUUCGUCCAAAACCCUGCCUCCUACGGGUUCGUGGAGGUGAACGCGGCGUGCUGCGGGCUGGGGGAUCUGAGGGCCAAGCUGCCGUGCCUCCCGUUUGCAAUGUACUGCGAUAACAGGAACGAUCAUGUGUUUUGGGAUUUCGUUCAUCCCACCGAGGCUGCUGCCGAGAUCAUUGUGGAUUCCUUCUUUAAACAACGUUCUCGCCACAUUUGAUUCAUGUCCAUGCAUCUAUGGUAUAUAUACUAUGUGUAUGUAUAUAUAUAUAUAUGGAUUACAAAUAGUUUCAAUUGUAUUAUAACAUCUAUGUUUACAAUAUGUAUUUAUUUCCAGUGAAUGUACCCUAUUAUGUUCCCUUUUAUGUAAUAAUUAAAUCAAACCCUUUCAUUCAUAAUCCUUUUCAUAAGAAUUAAUCCAACCUGAUCAACAGGUGAACCUGUAGAACUGUCAAACGAGUUACAAUAGUGGUUCGGUCCAUUUGUUUGGAUGACUUAGUACGAACCAAACGGGUUAUAAUGGCUGCGUAUAUGAAAUCAGAUGAAUUACCAUGUUUGACUGGUCCGUUGACUCACUAUUUUAAUCACACAAACAAAAUUUGAAAGCAAAUACACGUUAUAAACUAAG